CACUGUGAAGUGGGAAUUGUGCGAUAUGAUGUAGAGACCAUGUUCUCCUCUAAGCUCGUUGCUUGGGUAACGUGUAGCAGAAUCACUCAACAUUUAGCUUCUCCUCUUCAUCUCCUUUCUUCUUCCUCUCCAAUUCAUUCUUGUUCAGCUUCACAACAACACUCCAAUGCUAAUAACAUCAGACUGAACCACAAAGACUGGUUAGCCCCAAAUGAAGUCCUGAAAAUCUUCGACAACCUUAAAGACCCCAGUUCAGUUCUCGCUGUUUUAGACCAAUACUCGAAGCGAAAGGACUAUAAACCCACUGAAGCUCUGUAUACUCUCAUAAUCAACAAGCUUGCACAAGCCAAGAAAUUUGAUGACGUUGAGGAGGUCCUGAAAAAGAUUAAGCUUGAAAAAUCUUGUCGUUUAUCAGAGGAGUUCUUCUAUAACGUGAUAAAAGUUUAUGGGAAUAUGGCAUGCCGGAUUAAUAGAGCGAUAGAGACCCUUUACGAUAUGCCCAAGAAUGGAUACUGGCCAAGCGUAAAAACCUUUAAUUUUGUGUUGAACUUGCUUGUGUCAUCGAAGCUGUUUGAUGCUGUUCAUGAGAUAUAUGAAAGUGCUGCCAAAUUGGGUAUAGAGAUUGAUGCUUGUUGCUUAAAUAUUCUGAUAAAAGGGCUUUGUGAAAGUGGGAAUUUGGAGGCUGCACUCUAUGUGCUCGACGAAUUUCCUAAGCAAAAAUGUAGUCCUAGCGUGAGGACGUUUUCACCAUUGAUGAGAAGUUUGUGUGAUAACGGCAAGUUAGAUGAAGCAUUUGGUUUGUUGAACAGGAUGGAAAAGGAGGGAGUGGAUCCAGACACCAUCUGUUUUAAUAUUUUGCUUUCAGGGUUAAGGAAACAAGGUAGGGUUGAAGAAGGGAUGGUGCUUUUGGAGGAAAUGAAGAUGAAGGGUUGUGAACCGAAUCCAGGGUCUUACCAGGAGAUUUUGUAUGGUUUGCUGGAUAAAGAAAGGUUUUCGGAGGCCAAACAGUUAAUGGGUAGGAUGAUUUCUUCGGGUGCAACUCCUAGUUUUGUGUCCUAUAAGAAGUUAAUUCAGGGGUUUUGUGAAGAAAACUUAGUUGUGGAUGCAGAUUGGGUUUUGAAGCAAAUGGUGAAGCAAGGUUUCGUUCCGAAAAUGGGGAUAUGGAAACAAGUUGUUUUGUCUGUCCUUUUAGGAAGUAGGGCUUCUGAUUAUGCUACUUUUGAUCAGAUUGUUAACCAAUAGCUCAGUUGCAGAAUGUUAACUUGUGCCUGGUUUUAUUCUGUCAAUAUUGUUUGCUUUGGUUUUGAUUGCAGCAAGAUGCUUUGAGCUUAUCUGCUCUAGGUCUUUUAUUGAUUUCUUGGCUGACCCAAUGAUGCAAGCAAGGAAAACUUGAUUUUUUUCCCA